CUGAUUGGUUUAAAGUUUCCACGGCACCGCCUUCGGCCCUGCUGACACGCCCUUCCAGGACUCGGUGCAGCCUGCCAAACCAGCCGUCAGUUUCAAUUGAUAUUCUGAUCCGUGUAACUGCAUGCUAAACUCUGACCUUUAAACUUUUUUUUUUAAGAACUCCAUUAAUUUUCCGUGAAAGCGUCUCGCUCCCUCGUCUCAUCAACUUUCCCCUGUGGAAGUUUCUGCAGCCUGUGAUCAUUAAGGUGGAGGAGAUCAUCUUUACGCAUGAUGCCAAACUGCAGCAACAGAUAACGUAGACGUUAAACAGUUUGGUGACGAGACGUUGUUGACCACAGAAGUCCUGUGCCGUGUCUCCUCGCCUGGUUUGCGCACGCCUCCAGCCGGUGUGAAUCAUCUUUGCGGGCCCUGCGGCCGACAGGAUGGGCUCCCUGAUGUGGACUCCGGUGCCUGCUUGGAAAGCCACGCUUUUCCUCUUCAACAUAAUCUCUGCUGCUGUGGCCAGAAGACACAUCGUCUAUUGGAACUCCACAAAUACAAGGUUAACAGCAGGUGAUCUGUCCAUUGAAGUGAAUCUGAAUGACUACCUAGACAUCUACUGCCCCCACUACCCUGAUAAGACAACACUUCACUCUGGACAGCCGGAGACAUUGGCACUCUACCUGGUGGAUGAGGCAUUAUUUCAGGGCUGUGUGGAAACCAGGCAGGCCAUCAAGAGGUGGGAGUGCAAUGACCCCUACGCUACUUAUGGACCAGUGCGCUUCUCUGAGAAGAUCCACAGGUUCACCCCCUUUUCACUUGGGUUCGAGUUCGUGCCAGGGCACAGCUACUAUUACAACUCUCUAUCCACAGAUGGAGGCCCUCGUCUGCCAUGUAUGAAGUUACGCGUCACCGUGUGCUGUGAGACCAAAUCAGAGGGUUCCAAGCAAAAACAAGAAACUUCAGCACCUCGAAGUGCUGUUUGUGCACUGAGCAUCUCCUCGCGUUCCCUCCUCCUCCUCUCCUUCCUCCUGACUUUCCUCCUGCCGGCAACCUGACCUGAUGUGGACCUGGACCUCUGUCCUCUGAUCUCACGGCUGAGAUCUCCAACAACACAAUGCACUCUGAAGCUUUUACAACGGACUCAUGCUGGAUGCUACAUCGCUCGUAGCUGCCUACCUGUGGACCAAUCAAGGGAAACCUGGAGAACAGUGACUCAGGGACCGACAUGCCCGAUCAAUGAUUCACUUUGUGUUUUCUCCACCUAUUGUGUAAGAAGCAGCACAGAGAGCAGGAACAUUCCUCUGUUUUUUUUUUUUGUUGUUGUUGUUUUUUUUAAGUACUCGCUCCCAAAAUGUCUCAUCACUUUUUCAUUUCCGUCUUUCGUUUUGUAGUGUUUAGUUGCGUUUAGUCCAGCGAGUACUUGCUAUGAACACAUUACUGCACUGAGUGGCUCAGGUUGGACAUGAAUCACUUUCAGACCAGAGUCCUUUUUUUUUUUUUGACUAAUUAUUCUGGAUAACUGGUAUGUCAUUAGAAUUUACAGCACAAGGUGUUCUACAGGGAAAUGGAGAAUGAUCUUUCAUAGUCAGGCAAGGUUGCUGCGCCAUCUACUGGGAUUAUACUGGUUGUACUGGAGUGAACUGGUUUGGCCAUGAGCACAAACUGGACAUUGGACUGGGAAUCUGAGUUUGGACCACAUGUUGUUCUGACUGCAGCAAGAACAGAACACAGGACCCAGGCUGGUGGGUAAAGGGAGGAAAAACAGCUUUUCAAUCAGAAGGCUCUUUGGUUGAUGUUCUCUUGAGCAACCAAGUGUGCAGUCUGGCACACAAACCUGAUUUUUUUAUUUUAUUUUUUUUACAUAUUUUCUGUAUAUACCAUUUUCAGCUUUCAUUAUUCUCUUCUUUCAAGCAGUUUCCCAACUUAAAAUGAUUUGAUUGUGAAUUUAUUAUUAUUAAUUGGCCUAUUUUUACUAAAGCAUAUAACUGUAAAAUAUUGAUUAACAACAGCAACAAUUCAUAUAAUCUUUUUAAAUUACUGUUUGAGAUAAUACAUGUUUUUAUUGACAUCAGAUGAAAGUUUAUAUAUUUAUAAAGAGAUCAUUUCAGUUUGUCUAUCAUAAAAUCAAUAGGUUAUUUAUAGUUUACUACUUGAAAAAUAUAAUUGGUUUCCAGAAUCUGAUAAAUUAUACAAAAUAUAU